CCUCAGAAGACUUUCUUUCCCACGCUAUUCCACCCCCCCCCCCUGCUGUUCGCCAGCGCAGCUGGACCGCCCCAUGCAUCAACCUACCUAUCCCGAGUCCUUCGACGAUGUCACCGUCAAACAGUGGAUCCAGGCCUACUACUCGACCGUAGACACGGACGGGGCCGUCGAGACCAUCGCCGACUUCUUCACCCACGACGCGGUCGUGCAGAUGGGCGAGCACGGCGUGUCGGAUCGACCAGGCUUGAUCCGCCUAUUUGCAUCCACCUGGGACUACGUCGCUAGUCGCAGCCACUACGUGGCGUCGGUCAAUCCGCUGGGCAACAACACCUUUCUGGCGCGAGGCACCGUCACCUACAACCUCAAGGACGGGCGCAGUGUGACGCCCGAGUGGUGUGGCAUCAUGGGUUUGCUCAAGCAGGAGGGCGAGUGGAAGAUGGCGUAUUACAAGGUGUAUUUUGCUGCAUUCCCGGCGUUCUGAGAAGGGCGGGCCCGAUACUGUCUGACACUGCACAUUUCAUCCCUUGCGGGAUGCAUUGCGGGAUGCGGAAUGUCACCCCACGUGGGAGGAACCAAAUUUUGACCUGCGGCUGGUUCUAUACACGACCGUCCAUCAGUUAUGACUUCCAUGAAACAAUGAAAUCCAAUUUUCAAAGACCCUGUAGCGAUGGCCCCGCGAGUCGCGCCUAUCGGGUCGCUGCGGGGCUAG